CAAAUGGAAAUUUUUAAGCUGCUCGUUUUUGUAUAUUUCAUACAAGGAUUAGAUGCAUACAGAACCAAAGGGACCAUUACAUCGCCUGGAUACCCUGAUUAUUACCCGAAAAAUUGCAAUAUUACGUGGAUGAUAGAAGCACCACUCAAUGCCAACAACAUUUCUAUAUCUAUAGAAGACCAGGAUAUCCAUAAAACAAAAGGAUAUAAAUGUGAUGAUUUCCUAAAAAUAGAGGAAUAUGAACCUAAAUUCACCUUGUACAAACAAUGUGGAAAAGGGUCUAUUCGCAGGAUAACUGCCUAUGGGAGAAUAGUUUUGAUUUCAUUCAUAUCUGAUGACUUCGGUACUGCUAGAGGAUUUAAACUGCAAUGGUCAGUUGCGUCGUAUAUGGACGAAGACUUCACUUCAAGAAAAAUGAUUACUGAAACAUCUUUAAAAGUAUUAACAACAGCAGCACAAAGCUUACCAACUUAUAUAACGAGAUUAACACAAGCGUCAACAUAUUCAAUGUCUUCUUCACCAGUGCAAUCGAAAAGAUCUCAAACAGUUCCACAAACAACAACAUUUUUGCGAUUCUUAACGACAGCAAGAGAAAAGGCACUAGUUAAAGAGAGUGCUUUAAAAAAGUUUUCAAACAUAAAAACGAGGAAAAUGGUGAUUUUAAAGAAUUCCACACCGACUUCAACAAACCCUUCCCUACUCACAAAUGGUCCAAAUUACUCUGAAUUCAAUACUUUUCAAACAAUCAAAGACAAUAAUGUUAUCUCGACAGAACCGCCUGAAUGUUCUUCUACAUCCACAGUCGAAACAGAACCACACUCUCAAUCAAAUUACAAUCAAAGCUCUAUACACAAUCUGGCCGAGGAAAAUACAAACUCAAGGAUGAUUCCCACAACAAAGUCGACGUUGAAUCCGAGUUCAUGGGAAGAGAAUAUUCUGCCUCUUUCCACCAAAUCAUUGAAAGCUUCAGACAAAACUGAGACUACAAGAACGAAAGAGAAAUCAAAUCUAGCAACGUCAUCUAGCAGAGAAACCGACCAGACACAUCAAAAUCCAACUGAUCAGACACAGUCUGAAGUGAUAUUCACGUCGAUGGACAUGACGACUACCCUUCAGUCAAGUACUACUGAAAAAGAAGUCAAGAAAGAAAUGCCUUCAAGUCAUUUGAAUUCCUUUAUUCCAGUUCUCCUAAGUGUCUGCGGAUUCUUAUUUUUCCUUUUAUUCAUAUUCCUGUUCAUUGUUUUUGUCCAGAGACUGAAGAUAAAAAGACUUCAAGAAGAGCCUCAACUUAGUUAUUUACAUAACAAUCGAAGGUACAGCACAAUUCUUCAAAUGGAACAUCGACCGAUUGAAGGCAUUCAUAUCUACGAUCAUGCAGGUCGGGUCCUUCCCAGCAGAAAAGAAAAUGAUUACAAGUACCUUUCCCCGGAAUCAUGCCCAAAGCAUAACAAAUCACAAAAAAUAAAAAUACUUCAAGACAGGGCUAGCAAACGUUACUUCUGUCCCGCGGAAUUGUCAGAAAUACAAGAGAAAACAAAUUACAUUGAAAUUUUACCAGACGCCAGUGCCGUGUACUAUGAACCUGCAUCAUCAUUUGAAUCCACCGCAAUUUAUGCACAAAGCGCAAAAAGAAGACCGUACUCAACUUUGAAUGAAGUACAACAACGUCUAGACGUUUCAGAAUACGAAUUUUUAGAUUUGUCAAAAAUGUCAUCUGAAUCAUAAGAGGAUUGUGGAAAAGGGGACAAGAGAUGACGUGGGUUUUUUUUUUCAAAAUUGGAAAAAUGGCGCUUUUUCUACAAAUUUCCUCGUUCAUCACUAUUUCUUACUUCACAAGUUCACAGCUUUGACUUUUUUAUCUGAAUGAAGGAUAUGGAGAUAACAAACAGUAUUCAAUCUCAAAGUCCAUAAAACAAUACAAAAUUAAAGCAGAGCAAACACAAACCCCCGAGAAUAACAGGUGGGAUCAAGUGCCAUGGAGGAGUGAGCAUCCCCUGCCGACCGGUCACACCCGUCGUGUGCUCCUUGUCAUGAUCAGGAAAUAACGGAAAAAAACCGUCGUCAAUUCAGUGUAUAAUAAUGGACUAACAAUAGGUAUGAAAAACGUCAAUCAGCAUUUUACUCAGUGAUAAAUUGUAUUUGCUGACAAGGUCAUUGUAUCGACCAUAGAACUUACGAAAUGGUGACUUUAAACGACCCUGUUGAUAUUCUUGUUUCAUCAACUUGCUUGUCAAUAAUUUACCUCGUUUUAGAAAUUGCUCAUACGUAGAGCAUGCUCUUGCGUAUCGAAUCAACUGAGAUAUAUGUACUCCGUAUACAGGUGAUGGAGGUAUAAUGCUGCAUAAGUAAGGGAAGUUGACGAUAGAAAAGUUAAAGUCAUCACGUUUAUCAUAUAGUUUGGUUGUUAGAUUACCAUUAGUGUCUUUUUCAAGUAAAAUAUCCAAGUAUGAAACAGAAGUGUCGGACUCUGUUGUAUCUUUUAUCUCAA